UCUUCUAUAAGUAUCUUGUAGACGUUAAAAGUAUCUUGAAGUACGGGCGGACAGCCGUGAUGGAUGAUGACGGAGACACCAUCCUUCAUAUUGCCUGUCUUGGAGGACAUGUGGACAAGGUGAGGUAUGUCCUGUUACAGAUGGUUGCAGACAUCAACAGUAGGGGGAAGUACGGACGGACACCCCUGAUGAUGGCAGCAGGGAAGGGACACAGACAAGUGUGUGACUUACUUGUGAGAGAAGGAGCUGAUGUAUCAUUAGUGGGUGUUGAUAGAAACAACAUCCUCCAUAUGGCCUGUCUUGGAGGACAUGUGGACAUAGUGAAGUAUGUCCUCUCAAAGAAGGUUGCAGACAUCAACAGUAGGGGGCAGUACUGGCGGACACCCCUGAUGAUGGCAGCAGAGAAGGGACACAGACAAGUGUUUGACUUACUUGUGAGAGAAGGAGCUGAUGUAUCAUUAGUGGAUGAUGACAGAAACAACAUCCUCAAUGUUGCCUGUAUUGGAGGACAUGUGGACAUAGUGAAGUAUGUCCUCUCACAGAAGAUUGCAGACAUGAACGUGACACUGAACCACCUACAUGCUGAUACAGACCUCUAUCUUGCCUGCAAGAAGGGAUACCUGGAGCAGCUUAUACGCAUCUUCUAUAAGUAUCUUGUAGACGUUAAAAGUAUCUUGAAGUACGGGCGGACAGCCGUGAUGGAUGAUGACGGAGACACCAUCCUUCAUAUUGCCUGUCUUGGAGGACAUGUGGACAAGGUGAGGUAUGUCCUGUUACAGAUGGUUGCAGACAUCAACAGUAGGGGGAAGUACGGACGGACACCCGUGAUGAUGGCAGCAGGGAAGGGACACAGACAAGUGUUUGACUUACUUGUGAGAAAAGGAGCUGAUGUAUCAUUAGUGGAUGAUGACGGAAACAACAUCCUCCAUGUGGCCUGUCUUGGAGGACAUGUGGACAUAGUGAAGUAUGUCCUCUCAAAGAAGGUUGCAGACAUCAACAGUAGGGGGCAGUACUGGCGGACACCCCUGAUGAUGGCAGCAGAGAAGGGACACAGACAAGUGUUUGACUUACUUGUGAGAGAAGGAGCUGAUGUAUCAUUAGUGGAUGAUGACAGAAACAACAUCCUCAAUGUUGCCUGUAUUGGAGGACAUGUGGACAUAGUGAAGUAUGUCCUCUCACAGAAGAUUGCAGACAUGAACGUGACACUGAACCACCUACAUGCUGAUACAGACCUCUAUCUUGCCUGCAAGAAGGGAUACCUGGACUGGCUUAGACGCAUCUUAUUUAAGUAUCGUGUAGACGUUAAAAGUAGAUUGAAGUACGGGAGGACACCUGUGAUGGAUGAUGACGGAGACACCAUCCUUCAUGUUGCCUGUCUUGGAGGACAUGUGGACAAGGUGAGGUAUGUCCUGUUACAGAUGGAUGUAGACAUCAACAGUAGGGGGAAGUACGGGCGGACACCCCUGAUGGAGGCAGCAGAGAAGGGACACAGACAAGUGUUUGACUUACUUGUGAGAAAAGGAGCUGAUGUAUCAUUAGUGGAUGAUGACGGAAACAACAUCCUCCAUGUGGCCUGUCUUGGAGGGCAUGUGGACAUAGUGAAGUAUGUCAUCUCAAAGAAGGUUGCAGACAUCAACAGUAGGGGGCAGUACUGGCGGACACCCCUGAUGAUGGCAGCAGAGAAGGGACACAGACAAGUGUUUGACUUACUUGUGAGAGAAGGAGCUGAUGUAUCAUUAGUGGAUGAUGACAGAAACAACAUCCUCAAUGUUGCCUGUAUUGGAGGACAUGUGGACAUAGUGAAGUAUGUCCUCUCACAGAAGAUUGCAGACAUGAACGUGACACUGAACCACCUACAUGCUGAUACAGACCUCUAUCUUGCCUGCAAGAAGGGAUACCUGGACUGGCUUAGACGCAUCUUAUUUAAGUAUCGUGUAGACGUUAAAAGUAGAUUGAAGUACGGGAGGACACCUGUGAUGGAUGAUGACGGAGACACCAUCCUUCAUGUUGCCUGUCUUGGAGGACAUGUGGACAAGGUGAAGAAUGUCCUGUUACAGAUGGAUGUAGACAUCAACAGUAGGGGGCAGUACGGACGGACACCCCUGAUGGAGGGAGCAGAGAAGGGACACAGACAAGUGUUUGACUUACUUGUGAGAGAAGGAGCUGAUGUAUCAUUAGUGGAUGAUAACGGAAGCAACAUCCUCCAUGUGGCCUGUCUUGGAGGACAUGUUGAUAUAGUGAAGUAUGUCCUGUCACAGAAGGUUUCAGACAUGAACGGUAGGGGGCAGUACGGGCGGACACCCCUGAUGGUGGCAGCAGAGAAGGGACACAGACAAGUGUUUGACUUACUUGUGAGAGAAGGGGCUGAUGUAUCAUUAGUGGAUGAUGACGGAAACAACAUCCUCCAUAUGGCCUGUAUUGGAGGACAUGUGGACAUGGUGAAGUAUGUCCUGUCACAGAGGGUUGCAGACAUCAACAGUAGGGGGCAAUACGGGCGGACACCCCUGAUGGUGGCAGCAGAGAAGGGACACAGGCAAGUGUUUGACUUACUUGUGAGAGGAGGAGCUGAUGUAUCAUUAGUGGGUGUUGAUAGAAAAAACAUUCUCCAUGUGGCCUGUCUUGGAGGACAUGUGGACAUGGUGAAGUAUGUCCUCUCACAGAAGGUUGCAGACAUGAAUGGUAGGGGGACAUACGGGCGGACACCCGUGAUGAUGGCAGCAGAAAAGGGACACAGACAAGUUUGUGACUUACUUGUGAGAGAAGGAGCUGAUGUAUCAUUAGUGGGUGUUGAUAGAAACAACAUCCUCCAUAUGGCCUGUCUUGGAGGACAUGUGGACAUAGUGAAGUAUGUCCUCUCAAAGAAGGUUGCAGACAUCAACAGUAGGGGGCAGUACUGGCGGACACCCCUGAUGAUGGCAGCAGAGAAGGGACACAGACAAGUGUUUGACUUACUUGUGAGAGAAGGAGCUGAUGUAUCAUUAGUGGAUGAUGACAGAAACAACAUCCUCAAUGUUGCCUGUAUUGGAGGACAUGUGGACAUAGUGAAGUAUGUCCUCUCACAGAAGAUUGCAGACAUGAACGUGACACUGAACCACCUACAUGCUGAUACAGACCUCUAUCUUGCCUGCAAGAAGGGAUACCUGGACUGGCUUAGACGCAUCUUAUUUAAGUAUCGUGUAGACGUUAAAAGUAGAUUGAAGUACGGGAGGACACCUGUGAUGGAUGAUGACGGAGACACCAUCCUUCAUGUUGCCUGUCUUGGAGGACAUGUGGACAAGGUGAGGUAUGUCCUGUUACAGAUGGAUGUAGACAUCAACAGUAGGGGGAAGUACGGGCGGACACCCCUGAUGGAGGCAGCAGAGAAGGGACACAGACAAGUGUUUGACUUACUUGUGAGAAAAGGAGCUGAUGUAUCAUUAGUGGAUGAUGACGGAAACAACAUCCUCCAUGUGGCCUGUCUUGGAGGGCAUGUGGACAUAGUGAAGUAUGUCAUCUCAAAGAAGGUUGCAGACAUCAACAGUAGGGGGCAGUACUGGCGGACACCCCUGAUGAUGGCAGCAGAGAAGGGACACAGACAAGUGUUUGACUUACUUGUGAGAGAAGGAGCUGAUGUAUCAUUAGUGGAUGAUGACAGAAACAACAUCCUCAAUGUUGCCUGUAUUGGAGGACAUGUGGACAUAGUGAAGUAUGUCCUCUCACAGAAGAUUGCAGACAUGAACGUGACACUGAACCACCUACAUGCUGAUACAGACCUCUAUCUUGCCUGCAAGAAGGGAUACCUGGACUGGCUUAGACGCAUCUUAUUUAAGUAUCGUGUAGACGUUAAAAGUAGAUUGAAGUACGGGAGGACACCUGUGAUGGAUGAUGACGGAGACACCAUCCUUCAUGUUGCCUGUCUUGGAGGACAUGUGGACAAGGUGAAGAAUGUCCUGUUACAGAUGGAUGUAGACAUCAACAGUAGGGGGCAGUACGGACGGACACCCCUG